UAUGAGCCUAAACACCGUCCCCUGUACCGUGAAGCCUACUGUCACCUUGCAGAUUGGAGAUGCUGAGACUGAUUCAUCUCGUCCCGGUGUCUAUGUCAUAGACGUUACACUUCCUAUAGGACAGACUGUCAACAUCCAGGAGAUCUCCUUUAAGAACUACUACACAGCAUACGUGUCUGUGCGUCUGCUGAGGAGAGACGGGGAGGGGGCCGCUAAAUGGGCUACAUGUCUGAGGAACCACUGUCUGAUGCCCAGCCCACAUACUGAAGAGGGUUCACAAGACUACUGCUCUGUCUACCGACAACAGAUGCUGAUUGAACCAGACAAUGUGACUUCAGUGAGACUGAUCCUACGACAGCCUUCAUCAGCCUGGUUGAAUUUCAACGUGGAGGACAUCAAAAUACACCCCUGUUUAAAUGAGGAUUCAGAGUGGGACAUUCCUGAUUGGUUGUCAGACCUCACACAGGUGGACCAACUGUGUGAUUUACAGGGUCUUCCAGAUCCUCAGACGGUAUCUUCCAGUAUUCAGCAGAUGUGGGCGUUAACAGAGGUCAUGCAGACCAAUCAGACCACCGCUUCCAUAGGCCGCUUCGAUGUUGAUGGCUGCUACGAUAUCAACUUGCUGUCCUUCACUUAACAAGGAAUUGACUGGAGGUUCAUUUUACAAUGGUGUGAAGAUCACCAUUGUUAUCUCUCCCAAAGUAUAUUUGAUUAAUUGCCUGACGA